AUGGUCUCCCAAGCUCAGAUCGUUGAUCGCACAACCCAAAGCACGGCUUCCCUCGUGUCGCGUCCGAGCAGACGACAUCGUUCCGGUCGUUCACACCAUGGCGGCUCCUCGCAUUCCUCCUCGAACGAUUUCCCCAUCUUCACCUAUACAGGUGACACCGAGGUCGUGAUUCGCGCCGGAUCGCAGGAAAAGCGUUAUCUCCUCCACCGAUUGAUAUUGUCACAAUGCUCGGGCUUCUUUGAGGCGAGCACCAAUGAGGAAUGGUCGCGGCAGAUGGCUUUGGCUCCGUCCAAGCCGGACGGGACGUUGUCGCGACUGAGCGAGGACGAUGAUUUGUCCAACGGGUCAACACUGGCACCCUCUGAUAACGGUGGACUCUCGACGCGGCCAGGAGAAAAGAGACGUUGGCGGUAUGAACUUGACUGGGAGAAUCGCGCCGAGGAUGAAGAGGCGAUUCUGGUCCAAAAGCAACCAACCUACGCCCCCAUGUUCAGUGGCGAUGGUGACCAAGCUGCUUUUCCCCCGACGAUGACCAAACCAUCCAACGCCCAGGCAGGCUUCUUUCGAUCUAUGGCGAACCUAGCAGGAAUGCAGUCGGUAGCCCACUUACCGCAGACGGGGGAGCACGCUGUCGCCGUGGAUCCCUUAAUACGUGACUAUGACAAUCUACUACGAAUCUUUUACAAUCAUGCCCCCAUUAUCAACAGUGUCAAUAUCGCCUCGGCAUAUACAGAGUGCAAAUCCCUCCUCGCGUUAGCGGAUAUGUACGACGCGCUUCCGGUGACAGGGCCCCGCGUUGACCACCACCUCCUCGGCUUUGGAUCUCGUCUAUUCAAACAAAUAGCCAAAUACCCACCCAGCUACCUGAAGCUGGGAUAUCUCGCCCGCAGCCGGGUGAUCUUCUCCGAAGCCUUGAUCCACGUCGUCGGCCAGUGGCCCGCCGCUCUACCAAGUUUGCGAAGCGGCUCCUACGCGCCUCUACCAGACUCACUCCUAGAUCUGAUCGAAGACAAAGUAGAAGAUCUUGACGAGCUCAAAGCUCGCGUUGAAUCCAAGCUCUUGCGUCUAUCCCUAACUACCUCGCGCGGCGAACGUGUCGGCCCCUCAAACGCAUACCUAGACUGGCUCGCCGUAUGUCUAUUCCGCCAAUGGCUGAUAGAAAGCACCACACCACCACCAGCUCCCAUCCUCAAAAACUCGGGCCCAAACGAUGGUCCCACCCAGCCUACCGCGUCAGCGUCACACCCGACAGCAACGCCGCGAUCAACCACCUCUCCAGACCCGUCUGCGCGCAUCUAUAGAUUGAUCGGCUCCUCUUCCGCGCAGGCAUACCUGCCCCACGAAGAGCUAAAGCGCUUCCUUAAACUCCAUCCUACAUCCUCUGCCGGCUCGCUUUACACGCGCGAGACCCUGAAACGUUUCGAGCGCAAGAUGGACGAGAUGAAACGGCUGGCACGGGAUAUCGUCAAGCCACUCAUGCGUAAUUUCCUCGAGUUGGAGCUGAAAAGUCCGGAUCAAGCAACCACUGGCACCGCUGGUCCCCGUGAGAAUAUUCCGGUGGGGUUGCCAUAUCUGACAUGCACCCGUGUUGAAGAGAUAGAUCUACCUUGGAAAUGA